AUGAGAGAUAAGCUUUAUGAGACUAUGAACGAAGUGAGUUUAAGGACUAAAGAAAAAACUUCUAAAGAUGAUAAAAAAGGCUGCGAAAGCUGCUGGAUUGCAAAAUGUACUACGACUGGGCAUUAUUUGAAUUUCAUUCGAAAAACUCUGGAUGAAAUGGACAAAAAUCCUCUUAUGAAAGGUUUUUUCUUAUUGUUAUGGAUAAUCCUUCCUGAAUUCAAUCCUAUUGAGCAAUUUUGGUCUGUUGUCAAAAACAAAGUUAAGAGAGGAGUCUUUUCCAAUAACGAAGAUCUUAAGACAGGAAUUGCUGCAGCAUGCAGUAAUGUUUCCAUUUGUCAUUUAAAGAUCUUUAUACAGCAUUCUUGUAAUCAAUUUGAUAAUAUAGAAAUAAAGAGCUCAUUUAAUGAUAAGUGUCCAUGA